AUGACGAGAGAAUGGGCCCUGAUCUUGUCCACGCUGUUCUGUGGUCUGGCCGGCCCCACGCACUUGUUCCAGCCAAGCCUGGUGCUGGACAUGGCCAAGGUCCUCCUGGAUAACUACUGCUUCCCGGAGAACCUGAUGGGGAUGCAGGAAGCCAUCGAGCAGGCCAUCAAGAGCCGGGAGAUACUCGCCAUCUCAGACCCGCAGACUCUCGCCCAUGUGCUGACCACCGGGGUGCAGAGCUCCUUGAAUGACCCUCGCCUGGUCAUCUCCUAUGAGCCCAGCACCCUCCAGGCUCCCCGGCAAGCUCCAGCCCUCACCAACCUCACCCAAGAGGAACUGCUUGCCCGCUUGCAGAAGGGCAUCCGCCACGAGGUUCUGGAGGGCAACGUGGGCUACUUGCGUGUGGACGACAUCCCAGGCCAGGAGGUGGUGAGCAAGCUGGGGAGCUUCCUGGUGGCCAGCGUCUGGAGGAAGCUCAUGGGCACCUCUGCCUUGGUGCUGGACCUCCGACACUGCACUGGGGGCCACAUUUCUGGUAUCCCCUACUUCAUCUCCUACCUGCACCCAGGGAACACAGUCCUGCACGUGGAUACCAUCUACGACCGCCCCUCCAAUACAACCACUGAGAUCUGGACCCUGCCCCAGGUCCUGGGAGAAAGGUACAGUGCGGACAAGGAUGUGGUGGUCCUCACCAGUGGCCACACAGGGGGUGUGGCUGAGGACAUCACUUACAUCCUCAAACAGAUGCGCAGAGCCAUUGUGGUGGGCGAGCGGACUGUGGGGGGUGCCCUUGACCUCCAGAAGCUAAGGAUAGGCCAGUCCGACUUCUUCCUCACCGUGCCCGUGUCCAGAUCUCUAGGGCCUUUGGGAGGGGGCAGCCAGACCUGGGAGGGCAGCGGGGUACUGCCCUGUGUGGGGACACCAGCGGAGCAGGCCCUAGAGAAAGCCCUGGCCAUCCUCACUUUGCGUCGGGCCCUGCCUGGAGUGGUGCGGCGCCUGCAGGGGGCGCUCCAGGCCUACUACACCUUGGUGGACCGCGUGCCCGCUCUGCUGCACCACCUGGCCAAUAUGGACUUCUCUGCGGUGGUCUCUGAGGAGGACCUGGUCGCGAAGCUCAACGCAGGUCUGCAGACUGCGUCCGAGGACCCCAGGCUCCUGGUGCGGGCCGUCAGGACCAAGGAAACUACUGGGCCCGAAGUUGGAGAGGACGACCCUCCGGAGGUGGUCCCCACGGUGCCCGACAAUGAGGCUGCCCGGCGAGCCCUAGUGGGCGCUAUGUUCCAGGUGUCGGUGCUGCCCGGCAACGUGGGCUACCUCCGCUUUGACAGCUUUGCCAACGCCUCGGUGCUGGAGGCGCUGAGCCCCUACAUCAUGAGUCAGGUGUGGGGGCCCCUGCAGGACACGGAGCACCUCAUCAUGGACCUGCGCCAGAACCCCGGGGGGCCAUCCUCGGCUGUGCCCCUGCUGCUCUCUUACUUCCAGGGUCCCGACGCCGGCUCCGUGCGCCUCUUCACCACGUACGACCGCCGCACCAACGUCACGCAGGAGCACUUCAGCCGCAUGGAGCUGCUAGGCCAGCGCUACCCCACCCAGCGCGGCGUGUACCUGCUCACCAGCCACCGCACAGCUACCGCCGCGGAGGAGUUGGCCUUCCUCAUGCAGUCGCUGGGCUGGGCCACGCUGGUGGGUGAGAUCACCGCGGGCAGCCUGCUGCACACCCGCACGGUGCCCCUGCUGGAAACGCCAGAGGGGGACCUGGUGCUCACGGUGCCCGUUCUCACCUUCAUUGACAACCAUGGCGAAUGCUGGCUGGGGGGCGGCGUGGUGCCUGAUGCCAUCGUGCUGGCCGAAGAGGCCCUGGACAGGGCCCAAGAGGUGCUAGAGUUCCACCGCAGCCUGGAGGCCUUGGUGGAGGGCACGGGGCACCUGGUGGAGGCGCACUACGCGCGGCCAGAGGUCGUGGGGCAGACCAGCGCCCUGCUGCGGGCCAAGCUGGCCCAGGGGGCAUACCGCACUGCUGUGGACCUGGAGUCGCUGGCCUCCCAGCUCACGGCAGACCUGCAGGAGAUGUCUGGGGAUCACCGCCUGCUGGUGUUCCACAGCCCCGGUGAGAUGGUGGCUGAGGAGGUGCCCCCACCACCUCCUGCUGUCCCCUCCCCAGAGGAGGUAUCCUACCUCAUCGAAGCCCUGUUUAAGACAGAGGUGCUGCCCGGCCACCUGGGUUACCUGCGCUUCGACGCCAUGGCUGAGCUGGAGACAGUGAAGGCCAUCGGGCCACAGCUGGUGCAGCUGGUGUGGCAAAGGCUGGUAGACACGGCAGCGCUGGUCGUUGACCUGCGGUACAACCCCGGGAGCUACUCCACCGCAGUGCCGCUGCUCUGCUCUUAUUUCUUUGAGGCAGAGCCCCGCCAGCACCUCUACUCUGUCUUUGACAGGGCCACCUCAAGGGUCACGGAGGUGUGGACCCUGCCACAGGUGGCCGGUCAGCGCUACGGCCCCCACAAGGACCUCUACAUCCUGAUGAGCCACAUCAGCGGGUCAGCCGCUGAGGCCUUUGCUCACACCAUGCAAGACCUGCAGCGAGCCACGGUCAUUGGGGAGCCCACCGCUGGAGGAGCACUCUCCGUGGGCAUCUACCAGGUGGGCAGCAGCCCUUUGUAUGCCUCCAUGCCCACGCAGAUGGCCCUGAGUGCCAGCACAGGUGAGGCCUGGGACCUGGCUGGGGUGGAGCCAGACAUCACUGUGCCCAUGAGUGAGGCCCUCUCCACAGCCCGGGACAUAGUGGCCCUGCGUGCCAAGGUGCCCACGGUGCUGCAGACCACUGGGAAGCUGGUGGCCGAUAACUAUGCCUCCCCAGAACUGGGGGCCAAGAUGGCUGCCAAGCUGAGCCGUCUGCAGGGCCGCUACUCCAGGGUGACCUCAGAAGGGGCCCUGGCUGAGAUGCUGGGCGCCGACCUGCAGAUGCUGUCUGGAGACCCACACCUGAAGACAGCCCACAUCCCCGAGGAUGCCAAGGACCGCAUUCCCGGGAUCGUGCCCAUGCAGAUCCCUUCCCCUGAAGUCUUUGAGGAUUUGAUCAAGUUCUCCUUUCAUACUAAUGUGUUUGAGGACAACCUUGGCUACCUGAGGUUUGACAUGUUUGGAGACUGUGAGCUGCUCACCCAGGUGUCAGAGUUGCUGGUGGAGCACGUCUGGAAGAAGAUUGUGCACACGGACGCCAUGAUUAUUGACAUGAGAUUCAACAUUGGUGGCCCCACUUCCUCCAUCUCUGCCCUGUGCUCCUACUUCUUCGAUGAAGGCCCUCCAAUUCUGUUGGACAAAAUCUACAGCCGGCCCAAUGACUCUGUCAGUGAGCUCUGGACCCACUCCCGGCUCGCAGGUGAACGCUACGGCUCCAAGAAGAACGUGGCCAUUCUGACCAGUGCCCUGACAGCCGGCGCUGCAGAGGAAUUUACCUACAUCAUGAAGAGGCUGGGCCGGGCACUCAUCAUUGGGGAGGUGACCAGUGGUGGCUGCCAACCACCGCAAACCUACCACGUAGACGACACCCAUCUCUACAUCACCAUCCCCACGGCCCGCUCAGUGGGGGCUGCUGAUGGCAGCUCCUGGGAAGGGGUGGGCGUGGUGCCCCAUGUGGCUGUUCCUGCUGAGGCAGCCCUCACCAGAGCCAAGGAGAUGCUCCAGCACACUCUGCUGAGGGCCAGGCGGAGCCCCGGGGAAGAGAAGCUGGCAGCCCUCAAGACCUCUUCCAAGGCCAAGCAAGCCCCAGAAGGAGAUGGGGAGCUUGUGGGUAACCUGGAGGAAUGA